UCGCGAAGCCAGCAUAUUACGUCAACCUAGGCGUAUUACGUAUAUGUUAGUGGCCUACGUUAUCUUGGUGACGGUACGUACAGCGGACGGUGCCCGAGAGAGGGAACGUUUCCUCCCGCCCCCGCCGCUCGGGAUGCCGCUGGCUCCGGCUGGGCCCGCGCACCUGGUGCGCUGCGGGCAGAAGGAUGAGCUGUACCGGAGCGGCUUGCGGAGCGGGGCUGGGGCGGCGCUGCACGGACUGGCGGGUACUAAGAAAUGGUUGGAAUGGAGGAAAGAGAUUGAACUUCUUUCUGAUGUAGCAUACUUCAGCCUCACCACUUUGUCUGGUUAUCAAACUCUUGGUGAAGAAUAUGUUAAUAUUGUCCAAGUUGAUUCUUCCAAGAAGAGAAUCCCUUCUCUGCUUCGACGAGCCAUUUUGAUAUCUCUUCAUACUGUUUUGCCUUAUUUGUUGGACAAAGGAUUAAUCCAUCUGGAACAUGAGUUGCAGACAGAAACUAGUGGAUCUAGAACCUUGCAGAGCAAUGGUCUAUGCAGCAGGACUUUGGUACGAAGCUGGGUGCAGAAACAAGUUGGCAGGCUGACAGAACAGCAGAAGAAAACCCUUUUACAAACUGUGUAUAUCCUCAAGCAAUGCAUCCCCCUGCUCCGUAGGCUGCAUCUGGCAGUGUUUUAUAUAAAUGGCCUCUUCUAUCACAUCUCUAAAAGGAUCACUGGAAUAUCUUAUCUUCGUGUUCCAGGAUUGCCUGGAGAUGACCAAAGCAUUCGAUCAAGUUACAAGCUUCUUGGGAUAGUUUCACUGCUGCAUCUUGUACUAACAGUCAGUGUUCAGAUAUACAGCUUCCAACAAAGGCAGAGGGCAAGGCAGGAGUGGAAACUACACCGCAACCUCUCAUAUCCAAAAAAUCAGACUGAGGAAAAAUCUGUUGUAUGCAGUUCCCGAUGCACAUUGUGCUUGGAAAAACGUAGGCAUGCAACAGCCACUCCCUGUGGCCACCUGUUCUGUUGGGAAUGCAUCACAGAAUGGUGUAACACCAAAGCAGAGUGUCCAUUAUGCAGAGAGAAAUUUCAUCCUCAGAAACUGAUCUAUUUGCGGCAUUAUCGAUAACUGUAUGAAGACACUGCUGUAGCCCCUGACAAGCCCCUUCCUCUAUCUUUAUCAGCCAGCAAAGCCAUAAUACAGUUUGGCUUAAUCCACAAGCAAGACUUUAUUUUGAGCCUAAAUCUUUUUAUAAAACUUAACUGUUUUAUACAAGCAGUAAAAGGUGAUGCUUCUCAUUCCUGUUACAAAAUAAACUUGAAGUACUUUGGUCUACUGCC